AUGUCAACAAUGGCGGACACUGAUGCUCCGACUCUAAGGGGGAAAGACAUAAAUGACUAUCGCGUGGUAGAUUUAAAGAAAGAAUGUGAUAAAAGGGGCCUUUCUAAGAGUGGAAAUAAAGUAGACAUUGUAGAGAGACUAAGAACGUUCCUACGAGAAGAACAGGACACACAAGAAAAUACUGAAAAUCAAGAUGAUCAUGAGCCAAUAACCACAGUGGAAUCGGAAAAGAGUGAUGUUAUUAAAUUAUAUUUGCAAAAACAGAAAAAGUUAUUGGCAGACAGACAGGAAGAAAUAAGAAGAUUUUCGGAUGAAAGUGCAUCAGAAGAGAGUCAAAGUCCAACCAAGAAAGACAAACCAGAUCUUUCUGCUGGAAAAACUCCAGAACAAAAGAAAACAUCAGAAGAUGGUGCUGGUGAUUCCAGAGCCUCAAGGCGAAGGUCAAAUUCAAGUAGCCACAGCAACGCAGAUGAAACAGCACAGGCUGAAGUGACAUCUCCAAUUCAACCAAGGCCUAAAAGAGGAUGGAGAAAGUCUUCUCUUCCACAAGAAGAAGCAACACAACCAGAUGAGCCAGCAGCUAAGACUGUUGAAAAGUCUACAGAGGAGGAAAAGGUCACAGACAAGGUCAAGGUUGCUGAGGAAGAUAUAGUCAUAGACAAGGUCAAAGUUGCUGAGGAAGAUAAAGUCACGAACCAGGUCAAGGUUACUGAGGAUGAUAAAGUCACAGACAAUGUCAAGGUUGCUGAGGACGGUAAAGUCACAGACAAGGUCAAGGUUGCUGAGGAAAUCAAGGAUUCAGGUAUUACUGAAAAGAUUAUAGAUUCAAGUAAACCUGUGGAUUCAAGUAUUGGCGAAAAAGAUGUGGAUACAGAUAAACAUGAAACACAGAAUGCAAAGGAUUCAGAAAAAGUAGAAAAAAGUGAAGACAGUAAAAAUAAAACAGAAAUCAAAAAUACAUGUAUUGAAGAAUCAAAGGAAACAUCUAAUGAGCCUGUUAGACAGAGAUCAAAAUCACCUGAAGAUAACAAAAUACAAAAAUCAAGUAGAUCUGGUGAGAAAUCAGAUGAUGGCAGCAAGGAGGGGGGAAAGACCAGUGGGCGUCGCAGGUCUGAAAGUGGCAGUAGUGACAGGGAAAAGUCCAAGAAACCAAGAAGAUCAAGAGCAUCUAGUAGUAGUAGCAGCAGUAGCAGUAGGUCAAGAUCACCACAGAAAAGGAGAUCUAUGUCUUCUUCAAGUUCAAGAUCGAGGUCUAGGUCUAAAUCGAAGUCACCAACAAGAGAGGCAGCAACCCAACCAAAAUCACAAAGAAGAUCGAGGUCAAAAUCACCAGGUAAUAGGUCAUCAUCAAGGUCAAGAUCACCACCAUUCAAAAGAAGAUCCAGAUCAUCAAGUUCAAAGUCAAGGUCACCAUCACCAGUGCCUGAAAAGAUUCAGAAACCUGCAAAAAUGGAAGUGGAUGAACCUGUUUCUACAACAUCCACACAGGAUGAGGAAGUAAAGAAAGACACGAGCUCUUCAACAAUGGAGGUAGAAGAAAGUGACACUAAGCCAGAUACUACUGUAGAAUCUGUAAAUGAAAAGGAAACAGAAGGAGACGAAACGAUGGAAUCUGAAGAAUUACCAGAGAAGAUGAAAAAGAAAAUCUUGUCUCCAGGUAUUGACAGAGAAGAAGGAGAAAAAGAAGACGAUAAGGAAAAUGUGAAAGAGAAACCAGUGAGAAAGAGGAAAUGGGGAUCCAAGACUGGACAGCCGACCGGAGCAAAGAGGAUAUCUAGUUACAAUAUAUCUACAGACUCGCUGAAGGGAUUGAUUCCAGAAAUCAAGUUAACAGAACCUGUCCUUGACCUAGGUAAUGAUGAUGACAGGAUCUCUGAUGUGGAAGAAGACAAAAGAGAUGUGACAAUUAGGAGGACUGUGGUAGUUAAAGAUGAUCAGGCUAAAGAGGACUUAGAGGAAGGAGAAGCUCCCGAUUCACCAGAGGAGGGAGAGGCUGUGGAAGAAGAGAAAGAAGAAAAUGAUAUGGAGGUUCAAGAGGAUGAGAGAAAAGUUAAGAAAGCUGAACAAGUAGUUAUACGAAGAGUAAGUCAUAAGAAGCCUCUCAUUGAAACAGAAGAACCUUCCCAGGUCAAAUCAAGGUCACCAUCACCAGCAAGGAAUCCUGUUACUAAAAUUGUCCAUUUGAGGAAUCUUGUACGACCUUUCACCUUACUACAGCUGAAGGAUUUACUGAGGAGAACAGGAACAUUAGCAGAUGAUAAAUUCUGGAUAGAUUCUAUCAAGUCACAUUGUUAUGCUACAUUUGAGACAGAAGAUCAAGCUGUAGAAACAAGGAAAGCUUUACACGGAAAAAAAUGGCCCUCAUCUAAUCCUAAAAUAUUACAAGUUGAUUAUGCCACACCUGAUGAGAUUGACUAUCACAAAAAUGAGGAGGAAGCACCAAGAUUAGCCAGAGAAAAAGCUCAAAAAGAGGCUAAAGCUAGAAAGGAGGAAGAAAAGAAAAGGAGGGCUGAACGAGAAGUGAGGUUAGCAAAGAAAAAAGAAGAAGAAGAGGCAAAGAAGAAAAAACCUCCACCAAUCAGAGAGUGGGACAGGGAUAAGAUCAGACAGUCAGAGGAAAGGGAAGAUCCUCAAAGACGACGUAGACCCUCUAGUGGUUCACCAACUAAAGAUAGACGCAGAAGAGAGAAAAGUAGGGAGAAAGAAAGAGAUAAGGAAAGGCCUGCAAAGAAAGAAAAAACAGAUAAAAAAGAAGAUGAAGAACCUCCUGCCAAGUUAUUGGAUGAUCUGUUCAAGAAAACAAAAACUACUCCAUGUAUAUACUGGUUACCAUUAACAGAAGCACAGGCAGCUGAAAAAGCAAAGCAAAGAGAGGCAGAAAGAGAAAGAAGAUUGAAAGAAAGAGAAAAGAGGAGAGAAUCAGAUCCAACACCGCCACCUCGAAGAAACUUAGAUAGAGAAAGAAGAACUCCACCACCUCGAGGAAGAAUGGAUGAUUGGCCAAGACGGAGAUCACCUGAACGGAGAAUGUUACCUGAUAUGAGAGAUAGGAGAAGAUAAAUCAUGAUUAGCAUAGCAAAUAAAUAUAGAUAGGUUUUACAUCAUGUAAAUAUUAAAUGGUAUCUCAAGUCAGAAAAUUUUCUCUGUAAACUGAAAAUUUUGAGAGGUACUUUUUUAUAAUUAAUAUUGAAGGGGAAAAGCAGAUGGGUAUAUCCCAAGAUAUCUCUUAAAGGGUUAAGCUUAUGUUUUUUUAUGAUCACAUAGAUUUGUGAGGGGGUGAUAAGUUUAUGGCAUGUCAUGGUUGAAUAGAUUCUGCUGUCAGGUGGUAUUCCAUCAUUAGUGAUGGGAAGUCAUUUUCUGCUCAGUAUGUGCUAGCAUUUUUGUAGAUUUUAGCAUUUUAUAUUGUGAUAUGACAAGAAAUUUAUUGAAUGUAUAACAGUGACAUUUGUCAUACAAUUGUCAUUUUUCAAUAAUGGAGAAUAUAUGAAUGAUUUUAUCUGAUAUUAAGCCACUUAAGACACCUGGAAAUCUGUGUUGAAAAUGUAUUGGUCUUAAUUCAACAUGUUUUCCAAAUAUGCAUAAAAGUAACAUUUUAGUAUAGAAAAAAUAUGCAUAAAAUUAGCCUUUUAGUUUAGAAAAAAAUAUGCUUAAAAUUCACAUUUUGUUUUAUUAAAAAAAAUAAGCAUAGAAUUAGUAGGUAUGGACAGUUUUGUUCAGUUUGGCAGUGUGACAUCAGAAAUGAAUUAUUUUGCAAGUGGUCAGAUUUUUGCUAUAAAUUUUUGUUUCUCCCACUUUUAGGGCUAAAUAAUGGAUUAAAAUACAGACAUGUUUUAUAGAACCAUUUCAUUUUAUAAUGCAUGUACUAAAGUUCAUGACGUUACAUGUCAUUUCAUUUUACAGUAAACUAAAUGAUAAAUUAGAUAUCAUCUGUAAUGUAAUCAAUAUGUGGAAUAAAUUGAAUCUGCUGAAUUUAUGUUCAUCUAUUUUACUUCAUUAAAUAUACAUAUUUAUUCUUUUAUUUUUAAAUUGACUUCAUUUUUGUUGUGUUACUUGUAAUGAAAAAAUAAAAACAUUUUAUACAA